ACAGUGACAGCUCGUUGAGUCACGAGCCCGUUCUUCCGGGACGCAGAAAUCCUCUGCGAGGCUUCCGAGUGCCAGUGAGCGGAUGAUGGUUCCGGCGCAAAAUUUAGCGAUCCUGGUGCUGCUGUCGUGCACCUUGCACGGCGAGUGCGCGCAAAAUGCCGAAACGGCUCAUAACACCCUCAAAGAAAAGAAGUUUAAACAUCCCUGCGACGGAUUGGUCUGCGAUGCGGGAACGCAAUGCAUCGUGAACGCAGACCGUUCCGCGGCUUGUGAAUGCGUGAAGGAGUGUAAGCCAGAAACGGACGAUCGUCGGAAAGUAUGCUCGAACUACAACGUAACGUUCGAUAGCUUGUGCCACUUGCAUCAGAUGGCUUGCUGGUGUCGUCAGAGCGCCGAGGGCUGUAUCGACGAGGAGUACGAACACUCGCACGUCGACUACUUCGGCACCUGCCGAGAUAUACCCAAGUGUUCCAGUGAGGAAAUGUCCGAUUUCCCGAGGAGGAUGCGCGAAUGGCUCUUUAACAUCAUGAAGGAUCUUGCCAAGAAGAAGGCUCUGAACGCGAAUUACGAGAAGCUGGAGAGGCAAGCCGAACAGAAUCAUGGUCGUCAGUGGGUAAACGCAGUCAUCUGGAAAUACUGUGACCUUGACAAAGAGCCCACGAACCGGGUAACUCUUCAAGAGUGGGGGACCUGUCUUGGCCUCGAGGUCGACGAAAUUCAAGACAAAUGCCAGAGUAUGCACAAUGGAAGAGACUUCUGAUGCGACUGCGGGAUUCCCCCGUCCGACCAUGCUGGAUUUCUAUCGGUCAAACAUGGAAUACUUAUCGCCAUAUCGGUGCUCUCCGAGAGGCUGCUUCCUCCUCGGAAUAAAUUCUUGCUGUGUCUCGACUAAGGAGGCUUUGAUAUACUUCAA